AGAGAGAGAGGUCUUCCAUUCCGCUGGUUCACUCCCCAAAUGACCCCAAUGGCCAGAGCUGAGCCGAUCCAAAGCCAGGAGCCAGGAGCCUUGUCCUGGUCUCCCAUGCAAGUGCAGAGGCCCUAGGACUUGGGCCAUCUUCCUAUACUGUGCCUUCCCGGGCCACAGCAGAGGGCUGCAUCGGAAGAGGAGUAGCCGGGACUUGAACUGGAGCCCAUAUGGAAUGCCGGCACUGCAGGCUGAGGCUUUAACCCACUGAGCCACAGUGCUGGCCCCAAUGGGCUCAAAUGCUUGCACCCUCACCUGCUGCCUCCCGGGUCAUGCAUUAACAGAAAGCUGGAGCAGGAGUGGAGCUGGGAUUUGAACCCAGGCACUCUGAUAUGGGACAGGGGCAUCUUCUCUGCUUGCCAAACGCCUGGCCUCCCCAGGGAGAACGGGACACGUCUUGUUACUGUCAUCUCACAGAGAAGAAAGGGGCCCAGGAUUUCAAAGGGGCUUGUGCGGAGGCAGAGGGGGAACUGGAACCAGCAGUCCGUGUGGCAGACACUGAGCGCCUGUGCGGGACCUUCGGCCGCAGCGCCCGCCCCGCCUGGAGACCACACGUUCUGACCCCUGCAAGGCUGCGGCCCGAAGGGAAGACAGGAAGCUGGGUUCCGGUUGCUCUGCACAUCCUGUUGUUGUCGGAUGUUGUCUUCCUAGACGCUCCAUCCAAAUGCCAGCAUUUCCCGUCCCCGCCCACUUCAGAUAGUAACCACGUGUCAGGGGCCACACAGGCCUGGGUGAGGCACAGUUGCCAGCCGCUACCCUCCACGUCCCUACCUGGACCCAGCGAGAGAGCGCUACAGCAAAGCCAACGGGCCCACCCCAUGGAGCCAUGCGGGGUGACGGAGGCGGCCAAUGGCUCCACCGAAGGCUUGGACUUCAACCCCAUGGAGCAGUACAUGAUCCUGAGCGACCCCCAGAAGAUAGCUGUUGCAGUGCUGUGCACGCUCCUGGGCCUGCUGAGCGCCCUGGAGAACCUGGCCGUACUCUACCUGAUCCUGUCUUCCCACUGGCUCCGCCGGAAGCCCUCGUACCUGUUCAUCGGCAGCUUGGCUGUGGCUGACUUCCUGGCCAGUGUGGUCUUUGCCUGCAACUUUGUAAAUUUCCACGUCUUCCAGGGUGUGGAUUCCAGGGCUGUCUUCCUGCUGAAGAUCGGCAGCGUGACCUUGACCUUCACUGCCUCCGUGGGUAGCCUGCUGCUGACCGCCAUUGACCGCUACCUCUGUCUGCGCUACCCACCUAGGUACAAAGCCCUACUGACCCGUGGGAGGGCACUGGUGACCCUGGGCGUCAUGUGGGUCCUCUCGGCGCUGGUGUCCUACCUGCCCCUCAUGGGGUGGACUUGCUGCCCCAGUCCCUGCUCCGAGCUCUUCCCCCUGAUCCCCAACGACUAUCUGCUGAGCUGGCUCCUGUUCAUCGCCUUCCUCUUCUGUGGCAUCAUCUGCACCUACGUGCAUGUCCUCUGGAAAGCCCGUCAGCACGUAGCCAGCUUGGCUGGGCACCAGGACCAGCAGGUGCCGGGAGUAGCCUGGAUGCGGCUGGACGUGAGGUUGGCCAAGACCCUGGGCCUGGUGUUGGCUGUGCUGCUCCUGUGCUGGUUCCCAGUCCUGGCCCUCAUGGUCCACAGCCUGGUGGCCACGCUGAGCAAGCAGGUCAAGAAGGCCUUCGCUUUCUGCUCGAUGCUGUGCCUCGUCAACUCCAUGGUGAACCCCGUCAUUUACGCCCUGCGGAGUGGGGAGAUCCGCUCCUCUGCCCAACGCCGCCUGGCCCGCUGGAAGAAGCGCCUGCAGGGCCUGGGGCGAGAAGAAAAAGAAGAGGCCCCAAGGUCAAGGUCAUCCAUCUCAGAGACGGACAGGAACUUCACCCUGGGGCCAGAGUCUGGAGGGCAGUAGUGCUCGGAGCUCGGGCGAUGCCACUCCAGGUCUGAAGCGACGCUGCUCUUGCGGGAGCAGGGGAUGCCACAGCCACCCCAGUAGGCUGUGAGGUGCUGGGACCGACUCCCCAGAGAGCCCUGCCCUUGCCAAUCAGCAAGCAGCCUGUUGAAGAGCAAGGGCCUGUGGCUGGGAGACAAAGGGCUGGGCGGGCUCAGCGGGUGUCAGGCCCAGCAACGCCCUGCCCCACAACGUGUCUCAGCGCCUGUGUCCCCCAGAAACCACAGGCGCCCAGGGAGCCUUCCACCCCCAGCAUUGAGGGACUUGGAGGAUUCUUCUAGAAACCCGGGUACCACUGCUGAUCUUUGGGCCUCCCUGGGUCAGGAACUACGAGAGAUCACACCUCCGGGUCACCUGGGCCCACGGAGGGCAGAGAACUGUGAUGUGCUGAGUGUCCAGGUGUUGGCCCCUCUUCUGGAGGUGGGGGAUGACAUCAGCUUUGGGUCCCUUGUUCGGAAUGAGGGCCCCACCCCCACAUCCUAACAGUCCCCACUCUCUCAGCUCCUUGGAGGAGGCACAAACAUUCAAGACACAGACUUCAGAAAAUUGUGUUGGGGCCUGCGCUGUGGCACAGUGGGCUAAGCCUCCCGCCUGUGAGGCCAGCAUCCGAUAUGGGCGCUAAUUUGUGUCCUGCUGCUCCACUUCCAAUCCAGCUCUCUGCUGUGGGCCCCUGCACCCUCACUGGAGACUGGGAAGGAGCUCCUGGCUCCUGCCUUCCGAUUGGCCCAGCUCUGGCCAUUGAAGCCAUUUGGGGAGUGAACCAGCAGAUGGAAGACCUGUCUCUGUCUGUCUCUCCCUCUCUCUGUCUGUAACUCUACCUCUCAAAUGAAUAAAAAAAAAUUUUUUUAAAUGAA